UUGUAUCCUAGGCAAAGGGUAACGAACGAUCUGGUACUGUAAUAGAGUUUAAACGUCUAUAAUCGCCACAAGGACGUAUUUCCCCAUUCUUUUUGGGUAAAACGUGUAGCGGACUAGACCACGGGCUCGCGACGGUCUGCAGAUCCAUAGCUCAUGCAUAGUACAAAAUUCAGAUUUUACCUGAUUAUACUUAUCCGGAGGUAAGCGUCUUGCACGUGCGUGUACAGGAGGACCGUUCGUUUCGAUGUAGUGAUACACAGAAUGUUUUUGAUACACAGCAGGUGUUUCUUUAUAACAAGCGAGCUUAGUUAUGUUGGGAUAUUUACUUAUUGCGUCCCAAUAAGGAUGGUUUUUAUCUGUACUACAUUAGGUUAACUUAUUACAUUUUACAACUGACGCCAUAAUAUCUAACGUAGUUAUUUUAUCUAUAACCAUAAUGACUAAGAAAAUCGGCACCUAAGAUUGGUUGCUUUACGUCGGCAACAAUGAAAGUCCAUUUAUAUUGCCUGCGCAAACGCAAGUCUAAAAUCAUAGAUUUUGUGCCAUAUGUUAUUAUCUUGGUACCAUUAGCCGCGUAAACUUUAUAAUCAGAACACUGAACACUGUUAAAACACUUUUUAGUAACUGGUAAAACGGAAAUGUUAGCUCCAGUGUCAACUAAAAAUCGAAAUCCGGUACACACAUCUGUAACGCAUAGGCGGCUUUGUGUCAGCAACAUCGCACAGGUACCCACGUGGUUUACCUGCACAGCGCCUAGUUUUUCUGCUCCUUCCGGGCACAUGGCUGUACAUUGGCUCGUUCCUUGAAGCGGUAGUGAUAAAAACAUAGCCUAUUCGGAUUCUUAGUUUUACCACCAGACUGGCUACUAGCACGAGAGCUGGAACGCGGCCCAAAUGCAAAAAGCAGUCUUGCUCGACAAUGCCCGUAUAGUUUGCCGGUUUCUCUCCCAAUAGUCCCUAACGCUCCGGCCGAUUGUUGCCCACCUCGCCGGAGUGUGUCCUGCCGUCUUCCCAGGCGAGGCAGUGUUUAAUACAUAUAAUAAUAAUUCAACAUAUAACGGGAGCAUGCCCUACACUGACACAAACAGACUACACAUAUAGACACAAUCAAAUAGUAAACAUCAUACAAUAAAAACUUGCAGUGAAACAUAAACUCAUACCGAAUAGCCAUAAAUAUACCUUACUACAAAUACAAUCCUAGCCCUAUUAUUGAGACCAACGCAUACAAAAUAUAUUAUGAUCGUGCUAUUCUAACUGACAGAACGAUACAUUAUAACCGACCAGAUAUAACCCUACAAGACAAAAUAAAUAAAACCACUUACCUCAUCGAUAUCGCAGUUCCCAACACCCAUAACCUGCAAAAAACAAUAACAGAAAAAAAUCACAAAUAUAUAGACUUGAAGGAAGUUACUAGAAUAUGGAAACAGGAAAAAGUUUACAUAGUCCCAAUAGUCAUUUCCACCACAGGCGUUGUCCCUAAGCACCUCCACCACAGACUGGAGUUAAUUGAUCUGAAACCCGACACUUUCAUGCAACUACAAAAAGCUGCUAUAUUAAAUACAUGUAGAACUGUUCGUAAGUUUUUAGAAAUAGAAGACAACUCAACCAACGGACAUUAAAACUAUUUAUUCCUUAUUAUUUACUUGGCUAAGGCCCGUAAAUAAUAAGUACGUACCAGCGUCUGCUGAGAAAAAAAAGAAGUAAAAAACAUAAUAAUAAUAAUAAUAAUUUAUUUAUUUUCUCUCUUAAAGGUAUAGUACCAAUACAAAUGGAAUUUUUUUCGAUCGCGGGUAGUCGCGGUGUUAACACGCAAACGUAGUGUGCUCUCUGUGUUUAUUUAAUUUUUUUCAAAGUAUUGUGUAUUUUUACAUUUUAAAUGUGUAUAUAGUGCAUAAAUAACUCUCCUGCUCACUGAUUUUAUCACCUAUCCUGUUCCGGUUACCUGGCAUUGCUGCCAAGAUACAUCAUUCAUAUUCACAAUGGAUACACAACUUUCAAGUAACUUACAACAACUCGAAAAGUUAUUUGCCUCUCGAAUGGGGGCCUACGAGGAUAAGCAAGAUAAAGCCAAUGAAGAUGUUACCAUUGUUAAAUCAAGACCAUUUGGUCUGAAGACAUGCGAACAUACUGUUGUAGGUUGUCCGUCGUUUAAAAGCACUAAAUCAUUAUCGUCAAUGGAAUCCAUGAUUAAUCUGCCCCUAAUGUUAGUUCUGCUACAACCCCAAGAAGUAUAAAAAGCAUUAAAAUCGCCAGCAAUAAUUAAUGGUUUUGGAAUAUCACUCAACAGACUAUCAAAUUUCCUUUUUUCAAAAAUAGGUGUUCAAUAUUAUAUUUGUGAAUUUAUGUUUGUGUUGUCGUUUUUAUUUAAUGUCAUUACUUUUACUAGUGAUUCUAAUAUUAAAGAAAGAACUUGUUUGUUUGAAAUUAGAACAUUUAUGAAAUCCUGUGUAUUUUCUGUUUUAUUUAAAGAUGGAAAAUCUUUUUUUUUAAGAAUUUCAGAAUAUGGAGUACUGUAAAAUUUGUUUUUAUUCUCUUUAAUUUUGUUCUUUUUUUACUUGUCAUUGUCCUGAAAUGGACAGGUGAUUUAAAUUACAGUGAACACAGAUAGCUUUAUCAGUUGAUACAAAACACUCCUUGAAGGAGUGUCCUUCACCACAAAUUGAGCAACGCUGGGAAUUCUUACAGAACUUAGCGAGAUGACCAUACCUGAGACAGCGGAAGCACUGUUUUACUGGGGGAAUAAAUGGGUUGACAGGAAGUCUCCACAUUUUUAAGGAGACAUGUUCUGGUAAUGAAGUUGAGGAGGCAAAGGUAAUGGUAACAGUUGUUGUGGGCUGAAGGACAGCUGCACCAUUGACAAAAACCUUGCGCAUUAUACGUCUAACAGAAAUUACUUUAGCUGAAGAACUUGACAAAUCUUUGAAUAUUUUUUUGUUUGACAUAUCAGUAGGGACCGAGGUGAUUACACCAGUUAGUUCAGUUGAACCUGCUGGAAUUUGUGCUUUUAGACUUUGCUCCCGCAAAAAAGUCUGAUUGUCUAAGAAUACAUUCGCUAAAUUAGGUUUGUCAAAUAUGGCGGCGAUUUUUUUUUUUUUUUUUUAUAUUUUACUCCCUUGACGAAACGAGGAAAACACGAACUUAGGAACAUCAUGUCCCUAUCCCCUAUCGGUUUCUCCACUUUCGAACUUUCAAUAAAUACAGGGUAUUCAUUGCCCGCAAUUAGGUCUUCGGGAUAUCUGCGACAGUAGUCUGCGACCCUAUAAGCAGCUUACUUAUCAUCUUCUCUGCAAUCAUCAUAUUUGUCGGAAUAAUCUGAAUCUGUCGACACAGAUUCGGCGUGAGAACCCAUAAUUUCAGUACUUUUUACCUCAUCAGCUUUAUGUUUUGUGCGCUUUUUCGCGCCCAUUUUUUUAACAAAAAUUUACAAGUAACUUACCGAAUAUACAGCAAGUUAUAUGCGUACACUAUUUAUAAACAACUUACGGCUAUUAUUUAUAUACUAAUCAAGACAAAUUUACAAAUAUAAACCAUUUUUACAAUAAGAUAUUUUUUGUCGCAAAAACGUUCUGUAUCUUAAUUCAGGCCCGCGCCCCAAAAAAAAAACUUAUCCAUAGAUUCUUCGCUUUAGAUAUGGCCAUAGACUAUACACUUAAUAUUUGUGAUUUUUGGCAUUGACGUAUAACACGCUCAGCCUACGACAAGUACCCAUCGAUUAAUUUCUGAUAUUAUCUAGUAUAGUGUUGCUUAUUUUAAUAUGCUCUUUUACUAAACAAUUUUCAUAUUUAAGAACACAUUUGCAAGUCACUGUCUACACUGCGAGCUAUUCUUUUGUUAAUAUGUAAGUUAAUUCAUUGAUGUUAUUGUAUCUACACGUCUAAAUCUGUGUAAUACAUGUUAAAAAAUAUCUUCCAGGUUUAUUGAUUGAUCAGUUGAGCCGGGAGUUAAUUGCUAGUUUAUUGAUUAAGAGUAAUAUUGUGGUGUGGUCUGGUUAUGAUGGAUUAGCAGAGAGUAAAUAAUACGUCCAUUCAGUUUGAAGGUUCGGUUUAUUGUGUAAAGUAUGUAUUUACUUACAAGACAGUAAGACAGUAGUGCUAAAGAAGCACUUUAAAUAAGGCUGUAUACAUACUUGAAUGUUUACACACUACAUCAUCCCCGUUAUUUGAAAAAAAUAUAUAUAUGAUAAAAUGUUUUUUUUUUUAUGUAGUACUUCUAUUAUAUAAUUAUUAUUACACUUAAAAUUAAUAGGCAACUAUGGUUCCGAAUACAAUUUUGUCCUAUUCUUAUGAACUAUGACAUUUUUUCCAUUAAUAUUAAUUUUAACAUUGGGCGCAAGGUUUUCUAUCACAAUAUAUGGGCCAGUGUACAAAAUAUCCAAUUUAUUUCCUAUCUCAUUUUUCAACAAUAGUGUAUCACCUGAUUUGUAAACAAUGGCAUUACUUGACUUAUCAUAAUUUAAUUUUUCUACGUUCUUUACUUAUAAUUAAAUUAUUUCUUGCAUCUCUUUGAGCUUUUUGUAAUCUGUAUUUAAAUUCGAACAUAUAUUUAUCAAAACUAUACAGUGGUUCUACAAUAUUACAUAAAUUAUUAGAUAAUCUACAUAGUUGACCAAACACUAACUCAUAUGGUGUAUAUUUAGUCUCUGAAUGUACAGUAGUGUUAUAUGAAAAACACCAAUACUGUAACCAUGAACUCCAACUUGAAGGAUGAUUAUCUGUUUGGAUUCGUAAAUAGGCUCCUAACACUUUAUGUGUAUUUUCUAAUGAUCCAAUACUUUGAUGAUGGUAAGCACUCGCAAUUGUUUGUUUUAUAUUUAAAAUUUUGCAUAAGUCUGACAUAAUUUACCUUAGAAACAAACUCUGUACCUCUAUCACUUGCAAUUUCUUUUGGAAUUCCGUAUCGUAAAAUAAAGUUUUCCACAAAUGUUUUAGCAACUUCUGUUGUUGUUUUAGUUUUUAAAGGGUAUGCUUCAACAUAUUUACUGAGUUCGCACUGUAAUGUUAAAAUAUAAUUGUAACCUAAAUCAUCUCUAUGUAAUGGACCUACAAUAUCUAAGAAAAUUUUUCGCGCGAGGACUCGUUCCAAAGCGUCACUCCUCAGCUGUUUCUGCAUCCAGUUGAUGUGGCAUCGCUUGUACAGGCAAAAAAACCCGAUCAACACUGCCAGCAGCAUACAGGCGCAUAUUAUGGACAAAAGGAUAUUGUUCGUCUGAAGGUGUUCCGCCGUCGCUUGUGCGUGAUUGCUCCCGGCUGCAGACUGCGCAAUGACCACUUGUUCUUUACUUUGCUUUGUGCCCAUGAUCCGUUCUUGGUUGGUGUGCUAUGUAGCUAUAGAGUAGCUAUCCUGGCAUGGUCGCCAUGUGGUGUGGUCUGGUUAUGAUGGAUUAGCAGAGAGUAAAUAAUACGUCUAUUCAGUUUGAAGGUUCGGUUUAAUGUGUAAAAUAUGUAUUUAGUUACAAGACAGUAAGACAGUAGUGCUGAAGAAGCACUUUAAAUAAGGCUGUAUACAUACUUGAAUGUUCACACACUACAAUAUCGACUGUCCCUACGUAUAAUAUCGAAAUUGAAAAACGGUACUUUACAGGAGAGCACUUUGAAGUUAAUUUUGUGUACCAAAUUGUCAUUUAUUGGCCUAUCUGCAAAUAAUUUCAGAUAUAUGGGAAACUUUUACUGGCAAUUAAAUGUAUAUGUCAUUUUAUCCCAAAUUCUUCAUAGUUUUUGAGAAAUGUUAGUUUCGAUACUUUACUACGUUAAUCAAUUAGUGUGAACAAUCGAAACGGUCCGUUUCGAUUAUUUACUUCGGAACUAUUUUAUCAAAAUUAUUGAAUGUGACUCUUUCGAUAUUUUACGUUGUACAUUUAAAUUAAGAAAUUAUCGGAGGUAUCACUUUCGAUACAGUACGUCAAAGUAUUUUAUACGUUUCGAUACUUGGCAUGUAAAACGAUUUUAAUUAAAACAAAGACAAAUUUAGUUUACUAAGGUUUUCAUUGAUUUCAUUUUAAUUUAUAAAAUGAAAUCAAUAAAAUUCAUAACUAUUAUUAUUAGAUUUACGUUUAAUAUAAUGAUAUCAAAUGAAAUACACUUUUAUUCUUCAGUUAGUUAAAAAUAAAAUAUAGAAAUAACAAACUUCUUUGAAUAAAAUAUGAACAUACUUAAUUCUACAAAAUAAAAACUAAACAAAAUAAAAGCUUAAAUUAACUUAAAAUUCAAUAACAUUCGCAUUUCUUAGAGUAUAAUACUAAUAAUGAUUUAGUAUUCUUAUUAAAAUAAACAUUUCUUAUAAUUUCUUCAAUAAAUAAUCAUAAAAAUUUUAAAUACUGAACAAAGGGAAGUUUUAAAAAUUAAACUAAAGCAGGUAACAUAACAGAUUCAGGUAAGUACAGACUGUAGGAUAACUGUACUGUAAUAUUGUAUUUAGUCUGAAUCGUCAGUCUUCUUCAAAUGUGUUCCUGCUAUAUUUCAAAUUCUUAUAAUAACUAUAAUAUUCUUUGGGUAUGGACUCCAGUGUUACUUAAAUGAAUUAAAUCCUAAUAUGUAUUUGGCUUCAGGUAAUGGUAAUGUUUGACUAUACAAUUUAUUUAAUUCGAUAUUAAUUACUUGCCUUCUUCCAUGACUUCUUGUUUCUAUUUUGGUAUUUAAGCAUGAAGGAUUCUCUUUAAGGUUGUAUUUAAAAUAUAAACAAUUUGGAUCAUCUUUACGCACACUAAUUUCUUUAAUAAAAAUAAAUUCCACUUCAUAUUUUCGUUUCUAAUAUAUUUUUUCCACUUGCGAUCAUCCAAUAUAGCUUUAAAAUUAAAAAGGUCAUCUUGAGUCAUUUCCACUACAUUAUAUGGGGUUUUAUUAGUUUUAGACUAACGCAAACCAUUGAUCUGGGGCGUAUGUGUAUCAGUUCAUUUAGACUCUUGCUCUUUAUGAACGUGUACGCUAUCUCCUUCGUUCUGCGUGUGCCCUUGCUCUAAAAAGCGAUGAGUAAUAUCGAUUUUAUAUUCUUUUGCCAGAUAUAUAUAUAAAGAGUAUAUUAUUCGGUUACGGUUUUGGCCCGCGCAAUUAUCGGAUCAAAAGAGAAAUUCCUAGGCACCUUACUUUACUUUUCUGUUAACAAAAUGAAGUAAGUAACUGCUUACUUCAGUUGCUCGCUCCCCUUUUGCCUGUGCACUCUGUCUACAUAUAGCACGUCUCUUCCUUCUUUCCAGUAUCAAAUAAAGUAAAAUUGUACACACAGAGUUUCCGUAAAAUAAUCCCACGUCACCAUCAGGACAAUUCAGAAUUUUCUGGAAAUCCUAUGUGGCAGAACUGUUUCAAACCACUUUUGAGCAAUCACUUUAUCAUUAUUUUUAAAUUCUCUAGCAACAUUAUGUUUGUCAUAGGCGCUAAUUUGCUCUUCAGUUGAAGAGUUUUCGUUAGGAAAACUGUGGCAUUGGUCACACAUAUCCUAUUCAUAUUUUCAUUAAUUAUGUCUGUAUACUGGCGUAAAGUUUGCGCUUUGUUAUUAUAAAGAUGAAGAUUGUCCCACCCAUUAUUUAAGUUUUAUUAUUCUCAUUGAUAAGUUCUUAUCUAAAUAAAGCUUACUACUAUGUUUUCGGGCGUAAUGGGAUUCAACUGGUUGAAAACUGGCUACAUGAUCAGAUACACUUUGAAUAAUAUUAGAAUCUAUCUUAACUAUAUGGUUGCUUUCAUCUGUUAUCUGGUAAAGCGAUAUCUUCCUGAUUUAGUUUUUGAUGAGCAGUACAGACGAAUUGAUCCGUAAUCGACAAGAUGUUCAAAAAAGUUUUAAGACAAACACGUCUAUAUUCGCAGGGAUAGUUUUGAUUUUCGACUGGAUCUGGUAAGAAAUACUGAGUGGUAAACUGUCUUCUAGAUGUACUUUCAGUGGAAAAACGGUGCUUGUUUAACUUUUUGGUAAAUUUAUUAAUAAAAUUCAAUUUUUUAGCAUGGUCAGCCAAUUGCCAAAAACUUGUAUGAAUUUUCUGACGAGUUGUUUCAUUAAAAUGUUCACAGCAGUUUAAUUUACAAGUUGCUUUACAAAUCGGUCCCAUUCCUUUUUUGUUAUGUACCUUUUCAUUCCUGUAAAUAUAUUGUUGACCAGUAUUCACUACAAUUUUUCUUUUAACAUCUAUCCAGUGGUCUUUGCACCUUUUCCUUUCCUCCUUUUCUUUUUUUGCUUGGGUUAACUUUAAAAGUAGAUUUUUUUUUUAACUGUAGAUGACGAGUCACCUUCCAACAAGGUUAUAAGUGGAGACUCACAUUCAGUUCAGUUCGAUUCAGUUAUAGCGACGCGACACUAGGUACCACAUUAGGAGAAACUAUAAUAGUGUCCGUGUAUUAAAUAAGUUAAUAAAACAGGAAUUGAUUUGUAAAAAAUAUAGUUCUGUUGAUAUGUUAUAACAUAAAUUAAUAAAACAUACAAAUUGAUUUUAAGAAAAGUAAUAUUCUAUAUAUCGAAUAUAAAAAUAAAAAAAAUAUAAUUCCGAAUGAAAUCAUCGAAAGUGGUAUUUUCGAUAGGCUCUUUGACUAAUGUACCCGCGUAUAAUAAUGAAUGUACCAGAUUCGAUUACACAAGGAAAUUAAACAUCAGCGAAUAAUAUCGAAACUGUCACUUUCGACACUUCAAAAAAAAUGUUAAUCGACGUACAAAAUCGAAUUUGGGACUUUCGAUAGUAUACUUCGGGUGAAUGACAUUUCGUCGCUGCGCGUGCGAAACCGCGUAAGAGCAACUUGUAAAGACCGCGUAACAGCAAAACGCGCAAAAUUCAAAUAUCGUGCUGGUCGAUUCCAAACGCUUAUAGGCUUAUACUAGACCUCACCUGAUUUGAUUUAUCCAAUGAGAAAUGCCAAUUUUACGAUCGAAACAAUACCGCAGAACAGUAGGGGGCCUGAAGCUGGAAGCAAGUGCGCGUAUUUACUACGACCGUGAGAAAAAUGUAACGCAAUUUGUGUGUGCUCCCAAAAAUAAUUAUUUUGCCGUGGUUAACCACCAUGUAAGUUUGUUUUAAAUGUUUAUUGUUUUUCGUUUGUAUUGUGCUCAUGCUAGAAUAUUUAAAUUACUUAAAAUUCUUUAUUAAUUUAAUGGUUCUAACUAAUAUAAUCCCUAACAAGUAUUUACGCGGUCUUGACAUCGCCGGAUUUAAUUGUUUUGUUAAGUUACGCUGUAUCGCAAUCUACUAAAACUAUAUAUUUAUUUCGCUAUAGAAAAAUCCUUGCAUUUUCAAGUAAGUACCCAAAUGAUGGAGGACCAAGAUAACUUUAUUUUAGAAAAUGCAGAUAUUAGUGAAAACGUCGUAACUUUGCGAGAGCUAUCUGAAAGGCGAAAAAUAUUGUUACAAAAGAAAAGAGAAAUAUUAAAUAUGUUUAACUAUCAAAAUCAAGCAGUGAUACAACCAGUGUCUACAUCUUUGUCUGAGAAUCAAAAUUUAAAACCAGAGAUAUCUUUGUCUGAUAAGUUAUUAUCCGAGUUUACUACACUUACGACGAUCUUGGACCCUCCAGAAUCGAUGCGAAAUGAAGAUUAUAAUAUUCCUACACCGAUUGAAUCUAACGAUGUUGCAGAAAAUCACAAUAAUGACAUUGAUUUUCUGUCUGAUGAUCAUUCUUUUGUCAACUUAUCAGCCAUUACAAACUUAAAACCAAAAAAAAACCAUUAUCACCAGAAUGUAUAGAGUGGUUUCCCGAAAGGGAUAUAGAAGAAAAUAAAACAAAUAUAAAAAAACGCAAAGGAGAUAAAAAUAAUUGGAUGAGAAUGAAAAAUAAGAGACAGCGAAUGAUGGGAAAAGAGUACAUUGGAUUUAAAAAGGAGGGCACAAAAUUUGUUCAGAACGAUUCUAAGUCAGCAAGAAUAAUGAUCCCAAUAUGUUUGUCAAAAAAAUGCUUUAGUGGUAAAGCUAUGUAUUGUUCAAAGUUAACAGAAGACGCUCGAUCUGAAAUAUUUGAUGAGUACUGGAAGAUGACAUGGCAAGGAAAAAAAAGUGUAUAUAUCUUCAAUGGUGGAUAAAAAACCUACGUCUAGAAAAACCAAGAUCUCUAAUUCAAGACGAAGUGAUACUAAAAUGUACUAUCUAAAAGUUAAUGAUAAAAAAGUAAGAGUUUGCCUGAAGACGUUUUUGGAAACAUUGGGUAUUAAAGAAUGGACGGUCCGCUAUUGGCUUGGAGAUGGGACAAAUAAUAAGGAAAUUAAAACAGCAGAAUUCAUACAAAAAAUAUCCAAAAAAUAAUCAACUAAAAAAUAUUUAACUGUACUACCGAAACUACCAUCCCAUUACUGAAGACAAUCUACGUCAAAGUUGUAUUUAGAAACUAUCAUACGAUCAAAAUCACAAUUGUAUCGUCUUUAUGUCGACUACUCGGUUUCAAAAAAGAAAGUAUUUGAAAGCGUUUUGUUUGAGGAGAAUAUUGGACUGUUUCAACCAAAAAAGGAUGCUUGCGACCAGUGCUAUGCUCACCAAGUUGGUAAUUUAUCAGACGAACAGUAUGCUAAACAUAUCGAACGAAAGGACUUGGCUAGAGCAGAAAAACAUUCUGACAAAGAAUUAGCACGAAAAGGAAUCAUACAUGCAUUAACAGCAGACCUUCAGGCAGUCAAACUAUGUCCUUUUCUCAAUGCCAGUGCACUUUAUUUUAAAACUAAACUCGCCGUACAUAACUUUUCUGUGUACAAUCUUGGCAAUAAUAGAGUCACGUGUUACUGGUUCGAUGAGACAGCAUGCGACUUAAAAGCCACUACUUACGCGUCCUUUUUCGUUGACUACGCAACUAAAUUACUGGAUAAUGAUUGCAAGGAUGUUGUUAUAUUUACAGAUGGUUGUACAGCAUAAAACAUAAAUAAUGCUGUAUCAAAUGCAUUGUUGCACUUGGCUAUGGCUAGAAACGUAAUAAUAACUCAGAAGUACUUGGAGAAAGGUCACACGCAAAUGGAAGUUGAUUCAGUCCACUCGGUGAUUGAGAGAAAGUUGAAAAAUCGGGAGAUAUUUUUACCCUCAACAAACGCCACAAUGACAAAGGAGGCCAGAAAAGUACCAAGUCCUUCUGAAGUAAUUACACCUGAUUAUACGUUUUUUAAAGACUUUGGUCUUAAAGAUCACCUUAUUUAUAAAUCCAUAAAACCUGGCCGAGGACCGGGUGAUAAUUGUGUUAUUGAUAUAAAAGCACUGAAAUAUAAUCCAAAUGGCACCAUAGAAUAUAAACUCCACUUUUCAGAUGAUUUUGUCCCAUUGCCUAGAAGACCAAGGAAGAUCACGUCUUUGAUUAACAGUCCGCCUUCGCUUCAUAAAUCCAGACAACCAAUUACCAAGAUAAAGUAUGAUCACUUACAGGAGCUAAAGAAUAUCAUACCUAAAGACUGCCAUACUUUUUAUGAUAAUUUACCUUUCAAAUAAUUUUAAGUUACCAUUUUGACUGGGAAAUGCUGUGAUUAAUAGAUUUUAAUUAGAACUUAAGAGCAAGUACCAAACAGAUUGUGGUUGUUAUGAUUAUUAGGUUGUUUAUGAAAACUUUAAUUGAAUACAUUUAAGAUACCUACCUGACACACGAAUUUGUGAUGAAGGUUUUGUGAUUAUUAUGGAUUAAAUUAUUAUUAUUAGUAUUAAAGGGAUUAUUAAAGGGGCGCGCGGGGUAUAUGAGACUCAACAAUCUGCAUGGUGUUGUGAGCAGACCGCGGGCCCAAGGAUUUUAGGGCCCACCCACUAAACGACUCCCCUGCACUCUUACACCCGACGUCUGAUCCCCUCCGAGGUCAGACGGUGCCGCUGGUGUCCCGGAAUACCCCGCUGGACCAGAACCAGCCUGCCGGGUCGGUACGCGAUACACCGUCGACCGGUCGCUCUAUUCACUCCACGGCAGUGCUGGUAGCGCGCCGCGCGGCCUCACCUCCUCAGGUCGCCCCUUGACCUUUACCGGGGGGAGGCCGCUACAGGAAGUGGCCCUGCUGCACACCCGCCCCGAGCAAGUAUCGGCCGAGAAUGGCCAACUUCAGGCCAACUUUUUUUAUCAACUAUUAUAUAUUCUAUUGUUUAUUAACUUACCAAUUUGUUUGUAACAAAUUUUUAACUUUUUUUUUCUAAAACUUCUAAAAUUAACAAAAACAACCAUACAUAACAAAGUGUAGGGGAAUGAUACCCCGCCCCGUUUAGCUUACUAUGCAUUUAUAGUAAUGAGCACCAUACGUUAGUCAGUAAUAAACAUACAAUUAUAGUCAGUGUCUUAUUGACCACUCUGAUGAGGUUUCUGGAGGAGAGCGCACAAUAAACCCUCAACAUCAGCAAACCUUACAAAAGUAUAGAAAAAAAAAACAAUUUUUUACUGUACUUUUAAACUAUUAGAGAUACGAAAACAAACAUUCUAGUCGAUUUUAUAAAUGGUUAAAGGAUCUUUUAAACGAAUUAUUUAAAAAAAAAUUAGUUAUUACUAAUUUUUUAUUAUGCGCAUUUGUUUACAAAAACUUAUAUGUUUUUCGAACUUUCGUGACUCCUAACUUUUUAAAUAAUGCAGAUACGGUUACAGACCUUCAAGGCAAUUCUGUCAAGUAAUAAAAUAUAUAAACGUUGCAGUUAUUUAUUUAUAAGUCAUGUAAUUUUUUUAUUAAUUAAUGGCUUUUUUUCUUUUUUACGGUUUUGUUUAUUUUUAUUAUUUUAAUGGGUGAAUGAGCUCACAGUCCACCUGAUGUUAAGUGGUUACUGGAGCCCAUAGACAUCUAUAACGUAAAUGUGCCACCCACCUCGAGAUAUAAGUUCUAAGGUCUCAGUAUAGUUACAACGGCUAUCACACCCUUCAAAUCGAAACGCAUUACUGGUUCACGGCGGAAAUAGGCGGGGUGGUGGUACCUACCCGUGCGGACUCCCAAGAGGUCCUACCACCAGUGAUUACGCAAAUUAUAAUUUUGGGGGUUUGAUUUUUAUAACACGAUGUUAUUCCUUCACCGUGGAAGUCAAUCGUGAACAUUCGUUGAGUACGUAUUUCAUUAGAAAAAUUGGUGCCCGCCUGCGGGAUUCGAACACCGGUGCAUCGCUAAAUACGAAUGCACCAGACGUCUUAUCCUUUAGGCCACGACGACUUCACGGUUCUCUCGCUUCUCACAGUUUAUUAUUUUUCUUGUAAUAUUCAUCAUUUAUUUCGAGUUCUGUACUUAACAAUGAACAGCUGCUUCUUUUAGAGGCCAUUUUUUCUGUCCGACCUUUGAAUCUUGUCCCUUCUGUUACCUGCUUUCUUUGCUGGCGUGGCUUAUAGUCUAUACCUGCUUCAGUUGAAAACGUGGCUCAUAGUCGAUCUUACCGUUACCAAAAACAGUUCAGCGUAUAAUCCUCGUGGUGUAUUUUUUUUUUUUUUACUUAGUAUUGAUGUGAUUGCAUGAAGUUUUGUUGAAAUUAAUUUUUCAUUCCAUCAAAAAGACAUUGAAUCUUUAGUACAUCGAAGUAAAAUCGAUUUCUAUAAAAUAUUAUUAACUGAAGUGCUACGUGUUUAAUUUAUUCUGAAGGAUUGUUUGAUGUUUUUCUCUUAACAGUUUAAUAUUUUAUAACAAUGGACUUCUCAGUGAAAUGUUUUCUUUGUGAAAAAAAAAUUCAUUAGUUAUUCUCAGGAGUGGUGGACGUUAGUUAAAGAACGUGGAAUACGUACAAUAUGUGAAUAUAGUAAAAAAAUAGGGGACAAUAAAUAUAAACUAUUGGAAGGUCAGUCUGUCAGUCAGUAUGUUUAAAUAAACAUAAUGGAAAAUCGCGUGUCAUGUGCACAAUUAGACGAAUUACUAGAUUAUUUAAUUGCGCAUCCACAACUCGUUAAGGGCAUCCAAAGAAGCCAUUGCUCGGGAAUGAGAUAAUUUGGCUUUGAAAUUAAAUGCCCACGGAUUGGGUGCUACAAAAACUAGCCAACGAUGGAAGCGGGUGAGUUUUAAUAACACAAAUUGGUAGUAGACUUAGUUCAUUUUUAUUCACUUAAAUGCAUGAUUUUAUUUGAAUCUUUACAUUCGUAGUACUGGGCUGACCUUAAGCACAAGGUCAAAGCCAAAGCUGCAGAACGAAAAAGGAAUGCUUAUAGUACCGGUGGUGUACCUGCGAACCACGACGAGCUGAACGAACUCGAAAAAAAAGUUCUAGCUAUAAUAGGUGAAGGGGCUAUAUUUGGUGACACACAGCAUGGAUGCCUGCAAUAACUACCACUAUUGUUCCUAAGGAACCCCUAUCGUCGGGAUUGGUUGUCGCCUCCGAAGAUCAGGGUUAUGGCCCAGGAAACAGUUGUUCUAACAACAGAUUCACCACCUCCCGCCUCAACGCCAAAUCUAUCGCGUUUACUGAAUUCUCCAUCCCAGAAAGGACAAACACUUGUUUGUUAGUUAUUUUUAAACUUUCAUAAUUAUUGCGCUAGUUUAAUAUUUUUGCAAUUGCAUUUUGUAUCUGGAUUUGGAUCAUUAACCGUCCUACCGUCAACGAUUACGUAAAUAAUAUUCGCAGGUUUGAUUUUAAAUAAAAUAUCUUUUAUUAAGAUACAUCGCUUUUAAUACGCCGGGCGUCUUAUUCACGCCGCAUAGGCCACGACUCGAUUUCAAAUGAAAUGAAUUAGUUGUAUAGUUUUUCUAGUAAUAAUUUGUACAGCAGAUCCUGCUCAGGCUGAGAUGAGCCCGUCAACGCUUGAACAGCCAAUCAACGAUAUUAUAGUUAGCCCAGUUUCUCGUCGACUAGGAAUAGAAGUCACCCUAGAAGAAGCUUCAUUGCGAAUACCAGGACGAAAUUUAGACAACAAACAAGAGUAGACUCGUCCUGGGUUAUAGAGCUGGAGAAAAAGCGAGUGGAAGCUGAAGGGAAACUGGCUGACGCAGUUUUGAUUUUAGCAGAAGCUGCCCGUACGCAGGCAGAGGCUGCCCGCACGCAGGCAGAGGUUGCCCGUACGUAAGCCAACCCUCAACAACUUCAAGCUGAAGUAAAUGCAUCUCAGCAUAAAAUGUUGGAAAAAUUAAUUAGCACCGUUAUUAAAAAUAAAUAAAUUAAUAUUGUUUUAUGAUUGUAUAUUUUUAGCAAAUACCAAAAUGGUAUGUUACCUUAAUUACGAAAUAGAAAUUGUUAUUUAAAAAUAGUUCAAGAAUUUUAUAAUUAUGUUUUACUUUAGGCAGGCACCAUAGCAAAUUUUAGGAAACUAAUAAAUAUAAUCUACGGAAACAAUAGCAUUUCAAAAUAAGCAUUAUGCUUGACAUUAUACUAUUCAAUUCUUGCCAUAUUCUGCCAGUAGUCUACGAAGUAGCUAUCACCUACUUCUGCCAGAGUUAGUCAUGUGUUUCAUUGAAGUCAUAGGCACACAAUCGAUAUUAUAUAUAUCAAUAUUCAUCAUUUAUUUCGAGUUCUGUACUUAACAAUGAACAGCUGCUUCUUUUAGAGGCCAUUUUUUCUGUCCGACCUUUGAAUCUUGUCCCUUCUGUUACCUGCUUUCUUUGCUGGCGUGGCUUAUAGUCUAUACCUGCUUCAGUUGAAAACGUGGCUCAUAGUCGAUCUUACCGUUACCAAAAACAGUUCAGCGUAUAAUCCUCGUGGUGUAUUUUUUUUUUUUUUACUUAGUAUUGAUGUGAUUGCAUGAAGUUUUGUUGAAAUUAAUUUUUCAUUCCAUCAAAAAGACAUUGAAUCUUUAGUACAUCGAAGUAAAAUCGAUUUCUAUAAAAUAUUAUUAACUGAAGUGCUACGUGUUUAAUUUAUUCUGAAGGAUUGUUUGAUGUUUUUCUCUUAACAGUUUAAUAUUUUAUAACAAUGGACUUCUCAGUGAAAUGUUUUCUUUGUGAAAAAAAAAUUCAUUAGUUAUUCUCAGGAGUGGUGGACGUUAGUUAAAGAACGUGGAAUACGUACAAUAUGUGAAUAUAGUAAAAAAAUAGGGGACAAUAAAUAUAAACUAUUGGAAGGUCAGUCUGUCAGUCAGUAUGUUUAAAUAAACAUAAUGGAAAAUCGCGUGUCAUGUGCACAAUUAGACGAAUUACUAGAUUAUUUAAUUGCGCAUCCACAACUCGUUAAGGGCAUCCAAAGAAGCCAUUGCUCGGGAAUGAGAUAAUUUGGCUUUGAAAUUAAAUGCCCACGGAUUGGGUGCUACAAAAACUAGCCAACGAUGGAAGCGGGUGAGUUUUAAUAACACAAAUUGGUAGUAGACUUAGUUCAUUUUUAUUCACUUAAAUGCAUGAUUUUAUUUGAAUCUUUACAUUCGUAGUACUGGGCUGACCUUAAGCACAAGGUCAAAGCCAAAGCUGCAGAACGAAAAAGGAAUGCUUAUAGUACCGGUGGUGUACCUGCGAACCACGACGAGCUGAACGAACUCGAAAAAAAAGUUCUAGCUAUAAUAGGUGAAGGGGCUAUAUUUGGUGACACACAGCAUGGAUGCCUGCAAUAACUGUGAGUAAUAAUUAUGUAAUUCCAAACACUAAUAACGUUUUUAUUGUAAUUAAUGUUUAAUCAUAAUAGUUAUUUACGUCAUUUAAUUAUAAUUAGCGUGAAAGUUUAACUUUAAAAACAAAGGCGUAUGUCACUUUAUUUUAGACCACUAUUGUUCCUAAGGAACCCCUAUCGUCGGGAUUGGUUGUCGCCUCCGAAGAUCAGGGUAUAGCCCAGGAAACAGUUGUUCUAACAACAGGUAAAAUUAAUCCCAUUUGAUGAAUUAAUUAUUUUUGUAACUUAACAACUUUUUUUGUAACAUUAACAAUAAAUAAAUUUCAGAUUCACCACCUCCCGCCUCAACGCCAAAUCUAUCGCAUUUACUGAAUUCUCCAUCCCAGAAAGGACAAACACUUGUUUGUUAGUUAUUUUUAAACUUUCAUAAUUAUUGCGCUAGUUUAAUAUUUUUGCAAUUGCAUUUUGUAUCUGGAUUUGGAUCAUUAACCGUCCUACCGUCAACGAUUACGUAAAUAAUAUUCGCAGGAUUGAUUUUAAAUAAAAUAUCUUUUAUUAAGAUACAUCGCUUUUAAUACGCCGGGCGUCUUAUUCACGCCGCCAUAGGCCACGACUCGAUUUCAAAUGAAAUGAAUUAGUUGUAUAGUUUUUCUAGUAAUAAUUUGUACAGCAGAUCCUGCUCAGGCUGAGAUGAGCCCGUCAACGCUUGAACAGCCAAUCAACGAUAUUAUAGGUAAGAUGCUGGUAUACUUGAUAAAGUUGUGGUUAAUAGAUGCUUGACUUUGCCAAAGUAGGCUCCGAGUUUAAUUUUUUUAUUAUUAUUUGGAUGGAUGGACGAGCUCACAGCUCACCUGGUGUUAAGUGGUUACUGGAGCCCAGACAUCUACAACAUAAAUGCGCCAACCACCUUGAGAUACAAGUUCUAAGGUCUCAGUAUAGUUACAACGGCUGCCCCGCCCUUCAAACCGAAACGCAUUACUGCUUCACGGCAGAAAUAGGCAGGGUGGUGGUACCUUCCCGUGCGGACUCACAAGACGUCCUAACACCAGUAGCAGCUAAUUCUGGAAAUAUAGUACAUUCUUUCACAGUUUGAGGAAAAUAAAAAAGCUGACAAGCUAAAUAUUCGAAAAGACAUUGGCAAAAUAAAGUUUUAGGUCAGCUAUAUUAGCUUGUAGCUAUUACUCAAAACAUUAAAAUUAUAACACGACAUUCACUUUACUAUAUCAGUGUGACAUCAUGCAUUGGAAACAUACGACUCGGCGCGUAUCACGAACAUAGACCUAUAUAGUAGGGACACGACAUAUUGUUCUAUACGUACAAUUGCUUAUAUAAAUAGCACCCAUUUUGAAGGCACACACAUAAACAUAUAUCUAUCUCGUUCUUACUCAGCACUUUAACUCGCAAGAAAACAAUAUAACAGUAUUUCAGUGCGUACAUAAAAUGAAACAUGAAUAUACGUAAAUGUCUCCGUCUCCGUCUAAUGAGGCCGAAAAUCCGCCAUGUUUAGCGCGCCAAAUGUCAUUGUCACGUCAGUUCGGCCGUCUGUUUUGGGUUGUACAUUAUUUAUUGACUUUCAUAUCGAUUUAAUAUGAUUGCUUAUAUACAAUUUCUAGUUUUAUCAUGCUUAAAACGUACAUAAAUAAUAAUUAAAACAUAUUUUAUAGGAUCUCAAGAAGGUCGAUGCCCCAAAACUAUUAUCUAUAUAUAUUUAAAUUCAUUAUGGAGCCCUCAUCCGAAACAUGGAUUAUACACUUAAUAAUAUAUUUGAAUCCGAAAUAUCGGAUACCAUUUUUCGGUCGGAAUCUAUUUGUGGGCUUACUCCACAUAAGUAUUAAAUAUUAUUUUGGAUUUAUUAUAUACAAUAUAUAAACAUCAGAGAUAUAUAUAUAUAUAUAAUAUAUAUUAAUUUACUAUAUAUAAAUUACACAACACAUAAUAUAUACAACAAUAUAACAUAACAAUAACUAUAAUAUUAACAUGUACUGUAUACAUUCACACAACAAAAUACGUUUACAUUAUGUACGUUACGAUACGAAUCUGACGGACGACGCGACAACAUAAUGGAAACGGACAAUUCUACGUCAUACGAACGAGAUUGGUGUAAUGUGUGAGCCAGUGUGAGGGCAGUUAGUUAAAAUAUUGGAAGUGUUUACACAUCAUAUCGUUCGGACAAAAAGUAUUUAUUUUUCGAUAAUUUGUUUGUUGUUGUUUAACCUAUCUCUGUGAUUGUCACUCCUUCUUUCUCUUUGUUAACUUCUUGUGUGUAUGUGAUUAAAUAAACUGUUUGUGUUUGUGUACGGAGUGUACCUACAUUAUUUGAAACCACCUACCAAAUCACAACCACCGAAGGUAAUUGAGCAUAAAACGCAUUAAUACAACUAAAUUGGUGACCCCUUACGAGCACCAAAAAAAAAUAAUGAGCAAGUCAAGAGAUAGUGAAACUACCGACAGUGGUUCCACAAAAACGCAAUUAGAGACGAGAAACGUCACCACCCGUCGAACAAAGACGAAGCGCGUUUCCAUGGACCCGGAUCCACAGACGUCAUUUGACGUACGAAAAUUAAAUUUUAAAGUCCCAACAUUUUCACCGGACGAUCCUGAGAUUUGGUUCGCAUUACUUGAAGGACAGUUCGAAAACUUCGGUAUAACUGACGACCAUGCGAAGUUCAACCAAGUAAUUACGAACUUGGAUAUCGUGCACGCCAAGGCCGUCAAGGAUAUCAUCGUAAACCCUCCUGCAAGACACCGGUACGAUAAGGUGAAAUUCGAGCUCAUCAAGCGUCUCACCGCCUCGCAUGAGAACAAGGUCAGGCAGCUGCUGACACAUGAGGAACUGGGUGACAGGAAAGCAUCCCAAUUUCUCCGACACCUGCAAGAUUUAGCAGGACCGGAUGUUCCAGAGGAGUUCCUGAGGUCGAUUUGGAGCAACCGGUUACCGCCCAGCAUCCAGACAGUACUGGCAUCGCAGUCGUCUCAGAGGCUGGAGGAUUUAGCAGAACUGGCAGAUCGCAUACAGGAGAUAUCGUCCCCACCUCAGCUUGCAGCAACGUCGGCGCAGGUUGUAGAAACGGGCAGCACUGGACCUGGCAGUACCGUAUCGGGCGAAAUCGCUGAGCUCAGAAAAAUGGUCGAGCACCUCGCGCUUAAACUCGAUGAGCACACCCGACGGUCCCGGCACCCCCAUAGAACCAACCCGCCGCAGCGACGCCGGUCAAACUCACGCAGUUCAACUCGUUCAGCUUCAAUGUACCGCCGCUUCCCAAUUUGUUGGUACCACUCCAAGUUCGCGUCGAGGGCACACAAAUGCCAAAAGCCAUGUGACUACAAGUCGGGAAACGCAGCGGGCAAUCAGUGAUGGCGACGGAAGAUUGCCCCACCACCCCAGGUCGCCUUUUCGUCAAAGAUCGCGGAACGAAAAUGCAGUUUCUGGUCGACACGGGUAGCGACCUCUGUGUUUUCCCCCGAUCUCAACUACAAGAGCGUCGAGCAUCCACCUCUUACAAGCUGAUGGCGGCCAACGGAACUACAAUUAACACAUAUGGGUAUGUGCACCUGACGUUGGAUUUCGGACUCCGUCGUAGCUACCCAUGGCGUUUCGUGGUGGCUGAUGUCACCAAAUCUAUUAUAGGUGUUGAUUUUCUGGCGUAUUAUAACCUUAUUGUAGAUUGUAAAUGUAAAAAAUUAAUUGACAACACUACCACUCUCUCUGCUCCAGCUUCACUGGCUAGUAAAUGUAAUUCAAUUUUGUCUGUAAAAGUUCAUACUGGUGACACACAUUACCAUCAAUUACUUUCGCGAGAAUUUCCUGAAGUCACACGUCCGGCCGGUACGCAGCGUAGCAUUCCCCACAACACUCAACACCAUAUACGCACCACACCUGGUCCUCCCGUGUCGUGUGCGCCUAGACGUCUUGCUCCCGACAAGCUAAAGAUCGCGAAAGCCGAAUUUGAAGCGAUGCUAGCAAACGGCACCGCUAGGCCGUCGGAGAGCCCUUGGUCGUCCCCAUUACAUCUGGUCCCUAAGAAGGACAACGGGUGGCGUCCAUGUGGCGACUAUAGAAAACUCAACGCUCGCACAAUACCGGAUAUGUACCCCAUCAGACAUUUACAUGAUUUCACACAUAACAUUGCAGGUUGUCGCGUAUUCAGCACGAUCGAUUUGGUAAAAGCCUACAACCAAAUCCCCGUAUUUGAAGAGGAUGUACCGAAGACGGCUAUAACCACCCCGUUUGGAAUGUUUGAAUUCCCAUUCAUGAACUUUGGACAAAGAAAUGCGGGUCAAACAUUCCAACGCUUUGUCGAUGAGAUGAUGCGUGGCCUUGAUUUCGUCUAUUGUUUCAUCGAUGACUUUUUAAUUUUUAGCAGAGACGAGGCCCAGCAUGAACAUCACCUCCGACAAGUGUUCAGCAGGCUCAAAGACUAUGGAAUGGUCAUAAAUGCUUCCAAGUGUGUUUUCGGAGCUCCUGAAGUAACCUUCUUGGGUUACUGUGUAUCGGAGAGCGGCACCAAGCCCUUGGAAGACAAAGUACGUGCCAUACUUGACUUUCCCCCACCUCAGAACGUUAAGACACUGAGAAGGUUUCUCGGCAUGGCCAAUUUUUAUCGGCGUUUCUUGCCCAAGGCCGCCGAAAUCCAAGCCCCUCUUAACGCUCUUCUCACUGGGUCAGUAAAAGGGUCCACGCCCCUCAGUCUCAUCGGCGACGCUCUGAAGGCUUUCGAAGACACCAAGAAAAGCCUCUCCAAUGCAGCUCUUUUGGCUCACCCAAAAUGUGAUGCCAAGCUAGCGUUGGUAACAGACGCGUCAGACACGGCUAUCGGCGCUGUUCUUCAACAGCUAGAUGAUGAAGCGUGGCAGCCUCUUGCGUAUUUUUCACGGAAAUUGAGCCCAAGCCAAACCAAAUAUUCUCCUUACGACCGUGAACUUCUGGCGAUCUACGAAGCCAUCAAAUACUUUCGGCACAUGGUAGAAGCCAGACAUUUCACAAUCUACACGGACCAUAAGCCGAUCAGUUAUGCCUUCCACGAACGGAAGCAUGACUGCUCGCCCAGACAAUUCCGACAUUUGGACUACAUCUCCCAAUUCACCACCGAUAUCAGACAUAUUUCAGGCAGUAAUAACAUCGUUGCUGAUGCACUUUCACGAGUGGAUGAAUUGGAGUCUCCAAUUGAUCUGACGGACCUCAGUCUAGCACAGCAUAAUGAUUCAGAGCUCGCCGAACACCUUCAUAACUCAUCUUUGCGACUUCAGAAGAUGGACUUUCCAGGUAGUCAAAAACCAUUAUUCUGUGACGUUAGCACUUCGGUGCCUAGACCUUUCAUUACCGAACAGUUUCGCAGACAGGUAUACCAAAGUCUUCACUCACUCUGUCACCCCGGCCCUAACGCUACAGCCAAGUUAGUAGCUCAGCGUUUCGUGUGGCCCGGGAUGAGGAAGGAUUGCAGAGACUGGGCACGAUCUUGUUUGUCGUGUCAACGCGCAAAAGUAAGCCGUCACGUGCAUACACCGCUAGGUACUUACGACUUACCACGCGCACGCUUCACUAACAUCCACAUUGACUUAAUCGGUCCACUACCUGUCUCCCAGGGAUUUAGGUAUUGCCUGACGGCCAUUGACCGAUUUACACGGUGGCCCGAGGUCAUACCAAUAGUAGACAUCACUGCAGAAACGGUGGCUAAAGCACUAAUAUCCGGCUGGAUAUCCAGAUUCGGUGUACCGAUUGAUAUUGUUACAGACCGCGGACGACAGUUCGAGUCCGCACUGUUUCAAUAUUUGUCAAAAGUCUCGGGUUUCCAGCAUAAACGCACCACCGCCUAUCAUCCAGCGUGCAACGGACUCGUGGAACGCUUCCACAGACAGUUAAAAGCGUCCAUAACGUGCCACGCUGACUCCAACUGGUCCGAAGUACUGCCCUUGGUACUCCUCGGCAUUCGCAGUGCCUUCAAAGAGGAUUUACAAUCCUCCUCCGCCGAAUUACUGUAUGGUGAACCGCUCAGACUACCGGGAGAAUUUUUCGAUUCGAGCACACCUACAACAUCCGAUGUAACAGAUUUCACGGCGCGCCUACACAUGAUCGUCCAAAAGCUGAAACCAGUCCCAGCUUCACGUCAUGGCAAGCACACUGUCUUUAUUCAUAAAGAACUGGAGUCCACUCAGCAUGUCUUCCUCCGUGAAGACGCUGCACGACCUCCCUUCCACCCAGCAUACUCGGGACCGUACAGGGUGCUCACUAGAGGAGACAAAGCCUUUAAGAUAUUGGUUAAAGGGAAACCAGUAUCCGUUUCAGUAGAUCGCCUUAAACCCGCUUUCAUACUGGUAGACGAUAGGAGUACACAAGAGAAGAAUAUACCUCCCCCACUACCUGCUUCAAAAUCACCAAUUACCAAUCGUGAUCUGCCGUCUCCAAAAUCUAGCCCAUCUUUAACUCCUACAUCCAAAAUAACACGUUCGGGACGACGGGUACGAUUCCCAGAUUAUUAUCGCCCCUAACCGGGACGCUGGGGGGGAGUGAUGUGGGCUUACUCCACAUAAGUAUUAAAUAUUAUUUUGGAUUUAUUAUAUACAAUAUAUAAACAUCAGAGAUAUAUAUAUAUAUAAUAUAUAUUAAUUUACUAUAUAUAAAUUACACAACACAUAAUAUAUACAACAAUAUAACAUAACAAUAACUAUAAUAUUAACAUGUACUGUAUACAUUCACACAACAAAAUACGUUUACAUUAUGUACGUUACGAUACGAAUCUGACGGACGACGCGACGACAUAAUGGAAACGGACAAUUCUACGUCAUACGAACGAGAUUGGUGUAAUGUGUGAGCCAGUGUGAGGGCAGUUAGUUAAAAUAUUGGAAGUGUUUACACAUCAUAUCGUUCGGACAAAAAGUAUUUAUUUUUCGAUAAUUUGUUUGUUGUUGUUUAACCUAUCUCUGUGAUUGUCACUCCUUCUUUCUCUUUGUUAACUUCUUGUGUGUAUGUGAUUAAAUAAACUGUUUGUGUUUGUGUACGGAGUGUACCUACAUUAUUUGAAACCACCUACCAAAUCACAACCACCGAAGGUAAUUGAGCAUAAAACGCAUUAAUACAACUAAAUAUUCAUCAUGACACUAAUCAUAAAUACCUCUUUAAAAUAUUAUGUCAUCAAAACAUAUUUAGACAUUCUGUUUAGAUAUUUCGGGAAAAAGGCUAUCGACAAAAUCUCUUCGGAACUAUUUAAAUAAAAUAGUUUUAUUCCGCAGUGAGUAAAACACUAUUGUAAAUUCGUUAAAUAUUUAUUAAUUAAGUGAUUUUAGAGAGGAAGUCACAAGGAAUAACUUUGUAAUUUCAUUAACGAAUAAAUGUUCUGUAGGUGUUUUUUGUUAUCAGGCGGUCCCUUGAUAAGUUUAAAAUUUGAAUCACUCUCAAGUGAGAGUGAUUCAAAUGGUGCGGUGCACCUUCCUUGAGGUGCACUGCGGUAGUCUGUUACGGACUUUAGAGUCAGCAAAACAAUUAAAAUAGAUUGUAAUAGUCUAAGAAAAACACGUACUCAAAAUACGAUAACAUUCAGCAUGCUAGAAAUGGGCUGAUGGCACUGUACUAUGCCAUAUCUUUAUGUUUUGCGGCAAACGACAACUUUAUAAAAUCAGUGUAGCAAAUUUUAAAAAUCGUCAUAUCGUUUACUUGGAAAAUUUGAAGCACGAACUCGUCUUAGAUUUCACAUAAUAUCUAAAUCACAUCAUCUUUGCACAUAACAAUAUACUUAAUUCCUAUUAAAGUAUAAAUUCUACAAAUACAUUCAUACUCAACAAUAUUUAAAAUAAAAUAAGCCAAGAACGUUUAUCGAUAAAACCUACUAACAUUAAAAUCUUCUGGGCAGCACUAAAGCCGCCAUGUUUUGUGGCCAGAUGACGUCACAGUGGCACGAAUUUUUUGUUGACGUUUCAUUUCCAUAGGUUUCCUACUUCAGUGAUCACGAACGACGCGCGUGCGCAGAUCACUCAGCGCCCCGCGCCAGUCGGUUUGAGAUCCUCGGCCGCGAAGCCCGUGUCGCUUGCUUCCCGAACGCUUAUUGCUAUCUAUCGUUUAUCCGCUAACAACAGCUGUUAUUGUGAACAUUUUGUGUUACGGUUCUACUCGUUUCCACUCCUUCUCUUUUCUAUGGUUUUGUGUAUGUCUUCGUGUCGUCGACCUAUCUUAUGUGUUAAUUAAUAAACUUUUUUGUGCACCGGAUAUCAUUAUUACCUACGACACCUGGCAUUCCUAACGGACAACUGAUAUGUCUACCAUAAGCUUUAUAUUUUAUUUUAUUUUUAAACAAACAUAUCUAAUAUCUUUUAAGACUGUACAUAAAUAUUGUUUUUAUAGUUAGCCCAGUUUCUCGUCGACCAGGAAUAGAAGUCACCCUAGAAGAAGCUUCAUUGCGAAUACCAGGACGAAAUUUAGUAAGUUAUUUGUAUUCCAUAGCCAAGCCACUCUUUGCACUCACUCACUACAAUCAGAAUAAUAACCAAUCAUUAUUUUAUCUAUAGGACAACAAACAAGAGUAGACUCGUCCUGGGUUAUAGAGCUGGAGAAAAAGCGAGUGGAAGCUGAAGGGAAACUGGCUGACGCAGUUUUGAUUUUAGCAGAAGCUGCCCGUACGCAGGCAGAGGCUGCCCGCACGCAGGCAGAGGUUGCCCGUACGUAAGCCAACGCUCAACAACUUCAAGCUGAAGUAAAUGCAUCUCAGCAUAAAAUGUUGGAAAAAUUAAUUAGCACCGUUAUUAAAAAUAAAUAAAUUAAUAUUGUUU